UGAGGGACGUCUCAGGGUGUCCUUCUUUGUGUCGUGGAUCUCCUUUUCACACUCACCCACACCAUGGCCAUACCACCAGGAUUUGUCUGGAUCAUCCGGAACACCCCUCGGUUCCUGGUUCCGCCCGCUGCCACAUAUGUGGCUUUACGGCUCCUUCGCGAGCGCCAGCAACUUACUCUUCCCACCUGGCUCAACGUCAUUGCCUGCAUCUUAUCCCUUCCGGCGUCCUUCAUACUCUCAUUCUUCUAUGCAAACUUCCGCGACGCUCGUGCGGCAGCGGCGAGAGGCGCGGUUUUGGCACCCGUGGCCCCGUACAAACUCCCUGGAGCCAUCGACAAAGUCGGGGCGCUUGCUAAAAGCUUCACAACUGGGUACAUUGGCGAAGUCCCCAACGCUGACUUUAAGGCUGUUGGGAAUACCAUGAACUCGCGGAUAUUCUGGGAAAACAGGAUUGAAACGAUAGAGCCAGAGUAUAUAAAGGCUAUGCUUGCGACACAGUUCAACUCACAUGCCAAAGGUGAAUCAUCGAUCGAUUCGGCAAAGUCGUUGUUGGGCACAGGGGUAUUUAACGCAGACGGAGAGACAUGGAAGUUCCACCGAUCUGUGACAAGGCCAUUCUUCAGCAGAGAUCGCAUUGGUGACUUCGACAAUUUCGAAAAGCACGCGGACGAUGCUCUUGCUCAGACUAAGGCACGUCUAAAGGAGGGGCAUCCGAUCGAUUUCCAGGACAUGGUAUCUCGCUUCACGCUCGACUCAGCCACCGAGUUCCUCUUCGGCAAAGAUGUCCAGUCGCUCUCUGCCGGCCUUCUUUACCCACCUAACUCCCCACUUGCCGCUACUUCAGCCGCCAAGGAUCACCCAGCCAAUGUCUUCGCGCAGGCAUUCUUGGAGAGCCAGAUCUCAACGGCUAUCCGGUUCUUCUAUGGCCCUGCAUGGCGUCUACGUGAGUUCUGGAAAGACGAAGUACAGAAGCACAUGGACGUGUGCAACGCCUUCAUCGACCCGAUUGUAAAGGAUGCGCUCAUGAGGAAACGUGAGGCCAAGGAGAAGGGAUCAGGCCGGGAGAAGGGACAAGUUUCAGACGAAGACACGCUGCUUGACUACCUUGUCAAUGUCACUGAGGACAAUAAACUCAUUCGUGAGGAAACCUUUAACAUCAUGAUCGCGGGCAGGGAUACGACUGCAUGCACAUUGACAAUGGCUGUUUACAUGCUAUCUCAGCACCCAGAUGUCUUACGGCGUCUUCGUGAGGAGGUCCUUGCCAAAGUUGGUCCGUCUCAGAGGCCCACUUUAGAGGAUAUGCGGGAAAUGAAGUAUACGCGGGCUUUCUUCAACGAGGUUCUCCGUCUGUAUCCUCCGGUUCCUUUCAACGCACGGUCCACUAUCAGCGAACCUGUAGUCUGGCCUGGCAUCAAUGGGAAACCUCCUAUCUACGUUCCUGCUAACACUCGCACCCCAUACUCGGUCUACCUGAUGCACCGUCGUAAGGACUUAUGGGGCCCUGACGCCGAGGUAUUCGACCCCGACCGUUUCCUUGACGAGCGUCUCCACAAGUACCUUACGCCAAACCCCUUUAUCUUCGUGCCUUUCAACGCGGGCCCGCGUAUUUGUCUCGGCCAACAGUUCGCCUACAACGAAUCUACUUUCUUCCUCGUCAAGCUCCUCCAGACGUUCUCGACUAUCGAGCUGGCUGAGGACGUUCAGUUGAUGCCACCGGCUGACUGGGCCAAGGCAGAGGGCCGCAAGUCGGUGGAGAAGAUUAUGGUCAGGUCUCACUUGACCAUGUAUGCCGAGGGCGGUCUUUGGGUAAGGAUGGGCGAGGCGAAUCCUGCCGAGACGGCUUAAUCGCUCUUGCGGAAUAUAAUUCACCUUCUCUCUUCAUGGACUUGUCGUACUUUUUCAUGUAAAUUACUUAUCUCUGGCGUUAUGAUCUAAUGAUGGUUGAUCCACUUCCCC